AUGGCGGACGCAACUUCGGAGGCGUCGCCAUUGCUUCCUGGCUCAAGGUCGUCGUCGCGUACUGUCUCCGGCAUGGCGACAAAUAUCAAAACCGCCCUCUGGGGCCCGCCAUCGGUCCAGCGCUCGCUGCUUAUCAAGCUAGAUUUCACCGUUCUCAUCUACUUCUCAGUUGUUUGGUUCCUGUUCGGCAUCAAUCGCGCAAGCUACAACACAGCAUACAUUAGCGGCAUGAAGGAGGAGCUCAAUUUCCAAGGCAAGGACUUUAAUUACAUGCACACAAUUUAUCUAGUCACAUAUGCGGUGUUCCAAAUUCCGUCAACUUCCUUAUUAACUGUCGUUAAACCCCGAUACGUAUUUGUUGCGGCGAACACUAUCUGGAGCGUCCUCACCCUGAUCACAUUUCGCGUAUCCCACGUAUACCAAAUCUUUAUUCUCAAUGGAUUUGAAGGUGCCUUUUCAGCUAUCGUUUACGUCGGCGCGCAUUUCAUUCUCGGGUCAUGGUUUAAACAGUCCGAACUUGCGACACGCGCAGCAGUCUUCUGCGCCUUUGGUAAUCUUGGCAACAUGGCAGGAGGUUGGAUCCAGGCUGGACUCCUAGCCUCAUUAUCAGACGGACCAAUCGCCCCAUGGAGACUCAUAUUCGUGGUUGUAUCCUGCGUCACUAUUCCAUUUGCUGGUUUUGGCUGGUUUGCUAUCCCAGAUUUACCAGAGCACCGCACAGCCAGAUUUCUCACUCCCGAAGAGAGGGAUCUGGCUGUGAGUCGCCUUGGACGAACAAAGACAAAGGACUGGGACCUGAGCGUAUUUCGACGUGUUCUCCUGAGCUGGCAAUUCUGGCUCCUCCCAACUGUUUUCAUGCUGUAUUCCCUCAGUGUUCAAACCAUUGGUAACAACGUCAUUCCUCUUUGGAUGGCAUCCCGUGGCUAUAGCGUCAUCCAGCAGAACAAUUACCCGACUGCAACCUACGCGACGGGAAUAGUUGCAACUUUCAUUUAUUGCGCAGUUUCCGACAAACUUCGCUCUCGUUGGCAGGCGUCUCUGUGCAUUGGAUUCACUUUCAUCAUCAGUAGCGCCAUUUUGAUUUCGGAUCCCCCAGAUGCCGGCUACUUUUUCGCCUUCUACCUGAUGGGCACUACUUAUGCACCGCAGGCGCUUUGGUACUCGUGGAUGGCAGACCUGACGGCCCAUGAUUUACAACUGCGGGCAAUCACGACAGGAUUCAUGAACUCGUUUGAUUUUGCCUUUGUCACCUGGUGGCCAUUGAUCUUCUUUCCGGUGACGGACGCACCAAACUACCGAAAAGGCUAUAUCGCCAGCUUGGUUACAGGCGCUUUGACCGUUCCGGUGAUCUUGUUAAUUGCGUUUCUCGAAAGACGAGGGAAAAAGAAUGGAACUGUUGCCGUCGAUCGCGGUGAAGAGGCGGACACAGUGGCUGAUUAA